GGUUAGAGACAUGUGCCACCAGGCUUAGCCUGAGGCCAGUCCAUUUUCAGUUGGGAAGACAGAACUUUAGGAGGUUAAGUGACAUGCACAAUAGUACGCAGCUAGUAAGUAAGGGAACCAGAAUUGCCUGGUCAGUCUGACUUGGGAGUUUUAUCCCAGAAAGGCCAAGUGGGCAUGCUGGUGCAUACCUAUAAUCCCAGUUGCUUAGGAGGCUGAGGCAGGAGGAUCUCAAAUUGAUGCCAGCCUGGGUGACUGGGAGAGACCCUGUCUCAAAAUUUAAAACAAAGGGCUGGAGAUGUGGCCCAGUUAUGACCAUCCCUGAGUUUGAUCCCAAGGAUUCCCCCCAAUAACCUAUGAAUUUUGCUAAUUGUGAAUUUGAAGGCUGAAUUAUUCACUUUAUUUCCUAGCAUUUAUUUCACUGUCUUGGACAUCCCUCUAUGUAGCCCAGACUGGCCUUGGAGAUCCUCCUGCCUCGGCCUACGGAGUGCGGGGAGCACAGGCGUGCACCACCACGCCCGGCUUCUUUUCCACACUGUCCUAGGCAGACAAUCCUCAGGUUGCUGUAGAGUUUAUUUCCAGCACUGCUAACUUUCCCCCUGGGAGAGUAGAGGAAGAGAAGAGAUAACAGCAGGCAUUGUGGCCCACGCCUGUAAUCCCAGCAGUCUGGGUGGCGAAGGGGAGGAUUGCAAAUUGCAGUCUAGCCUGGGGACUAUACUAAGACCCCGUCUCAGAGUUAGAAGGAAAGCCAGGCGUCCGGAAUGUAGACGGGCGGAGGGCCAGGCUCGGUGGGGAGGGGCGUCCCAUUUUCCCGCCCACUGCGGCCAGGGUCCCCUCAGUGCGCUCCGGGGCUGCUGUUUCUCGGGCCAUGCGUCCUCCCCGGGCGGCGCAGGCCCUCGGGGUCCUGCUGGCCCUGUCCAUGGCGCAGGCGCUGGAGCUCGGAGAACGCGACUUCCUCGGGCUCCUGGGCGCGGACCCGGGGCCUCACCGGCUGCAGCUCGUGCCCCGCGUGCUGGCGAAGAUCGCGCGGGAGCGGGAGGCGGCAGCCGGGCCAGCCGGGCUCGCGCGGGGUCCCUGCUUCGUGCCUGAGCUGGGCGCGCCCGGGGAUGCGCUGCGGGCGCUGCCGGACCAAGGUGGGCACGGCGGGCGGGCGGAGGAGGCCCCGGGCGGUUAUCUCCCUGUUUUAUCUCCUUCCUUGUUUUAUCUUGGUCCGUCCCAGCCACAGAGCCGAGAGGAAGCGGGUUAGGAAUUCUUAUCACCUUUUAACAACCGGGAAAUGAAGGCUGAGGCCCGAGGUAACCUGUGACCCGGCGAAGGUCGGACUGCCAGUGUGGCGACCAAGGAUUCAAAGUGCCUGACCUUUUUCUUGCGGGGCUGGGGAUGGAACCUGGGACCUGUGCACGGAGCUACGUCUCCAGCCCUUUCAUUUUUUAUUUUGAGACAGGGUCUCGCUAAGUCACUAAAUAGUAGACAAGGCUCGAACUUUCGAUCCUCCUGUCUCAGCCUCCCAGAGGGCUGGGAUCACUCUCCCUGUUAACCCACAGUAUACACAUCCUAGUCCUUUUUUUAAAUGUUAAACAAGGUUUCAGGUUUUCCUCUCGGUUUGCUCCGAAGUGUGUCCACGCCCCCUUCCUGGUUUGUGGAAACGCAGAGCGGUGGUGGCGUUGUCGCCGCGUACCUUGCACACCUGCUGUGCACUGGUUUCUCAGGUCAGAGACCACCCAUCUGACUUCCAGGUCAUC